AUUACCUAAUACCGAUAAAAUCACGCCCUGUUUUACUUAUCGAGACUUCCGACUGAAAAUGGCGGAAAAAUCAAUACAGUCUCUAAUACAAUAAAUAUACAAUUACCCCCAAAAAUUUUUUAACAAAGUAUCUACUGACUAGUCCAAAGUUCAGUUCUCAUUAUCAACCAUAUUAAUUAUCGUUAAUUGAACCGAUAAACUAAAUACCAAGAAAACAUUUCCCGGAAAAUAAAAAUGUAUUUAAAUAAGUAGUUAAAUGUUGUCCCACUACUAUGGACUUUUUCCUGAUGCUAAUUUUGGCUGUGAUCAUAUUUUCAUGUGGCGUGAUAUGUACCCUGGUGAUCGAGUUUUAUUUAGUGAAAAAGUACUUCGAGUCCGGACCGGAGUCAAAGUCUCCGGAGAAGCCAACCAAGUGUUAUGGAAAAGCCGAAUUACCUGACCAGCUCCUGGAGUCGAUCGACGAGCUUAAGGAGAAGUCCCGCGGGCACUACCCGUCGCAGGGUAACGAGAACCUGGCGAUCAACCUGACCCUGCAGUUCCUGUUCAACGAGCUGAAGAACGCCGAGCGGGUCAGGUUGUGGCUCACCCGGAAGCUCAACAACGAGUUCAAAGAACUGCUCACGCAAAGUACCACAAGGAGAGUUUUCGACAGUGUCCAGCUUCGCGACCUGUACCUGGGAAGCCAGUUCCCGACGAUCAAGGGCCUAGAGGUUGCAGACGCAGUGAUCGACAAGGACACUGGUCUCUUGGAGACCCUAGACCUAGCCUUGGACCUCCACUACUCCGGGAACUUCCAGCUGUCGAUAGACGUCAAGAUGUUCCGAGGGAGAACCGCGAACUUGUCUUUACAAGUUAAACAAAUCUCCGGAAAAGCUCGGCUUCAAUUCACCAGGAUUCCGUACACCCAUUGGUCAUUAAGCUUCUACACGGAACCGAUCCUGGAACUGGAGGUCCAGAGCCACUUUCAAGGCCGUCAACUGAAGCCCCAGAUCGUAGCACCGAUCAUAACUCAGAUCCGUCGCGCGAUUCAGAGGAAGCACACCCUCCCGCAGUACAAGAUGCGCUACAAGCCGUUCUUCCGUCGGCUGAACGACGAGGACAUCGACCUGGCUGAAGUGUGCGCUCAGUUGACUCCAGGGCAGCUGGACGUCGUCCUGGUGGAGGUUAGUCGCCUAAAUCUAGCUCAGAGUAACCUUUCUCUGGAGGAUUUGUCGCUGAUAGAAAUCUACUGCACCAUCAGCGUAGAUUCUACACCCUGGGUCUACCUGACGCAGUACAACGGCGUCCCCUACAUGGUUCUCGACUUAAUAAUCAGCAAGAGCAACAAUCACCAGCUUGGAGUCGUCUUUAAACAAGAAACAAUCCCCGAAAUCGGCCAGAACUGCGUUGUGGUUGAAACUAUCGUCUCAGGAAGCGCAGCGGGGAUCGCAGAAAUGCGCAAGGGCGACAUCUUGGUUUCCGUCGACGGAAAAAAGGUCGGGAAUAUGAACCAGGUUGGUAAAUUGGUAAAAAAUGCCGCUCAGAGGAGGUUUGUUAUUCGCGUGGAGCGAAAAUACACGAAAAACGACGAAGAAACUGCUGCGCAUGCGCAGGGACUGUUCCAUCCUGCGCAAAACCUGUUCCAGGGGUCUGCGCAUGCGCAAGGACUGUUCCACGGUUCAAAAAGCAAACACGAGCCUCAGAUUAAGUUUUCAGAGCUCAAAGACCACCAUUCGGACAAUGAGGCCCCCAGUUCCGGGGAAAGUGGGAUUAAAUUAUUCCGUCGGCGCAAGAGCAGCGUCCAUGUACCUGAAGAUUCCUUCGAGCACUUGUCUAGAAGAAUUUCGACGAUCAGCAACCUGUCCUCGGGGUCUAGUAAUGCUUGGACCGAUGAACUGACCAUCAACGACCUGACCUCGAUGACCAAGGAGAAGGUUUACGCGUCGACGAUAACCUUCGAAGAGUCCAGGACCUAUCAGAUUGACUCAGAAUUUCUGUAUCUGAACGUCGGAGUCUGGGCGAGACUCAGGGGCGGAGAAUUCGCGCCCAAGAUUCUUGGGUACCUCAAUGUUCCGAUAAAACUUGUUCUCAGUCAGUGUUCCACGUCGACUACUGGGUUCUACUUGAAACCUCAUCCCCUACUUCCUCCUGAUACAGCUUCGUUCGCGUCACUCAAUUCUAAACUUCAAGGAUACUCAGGGUUUGAUCCGAGUUUGUGUUACGGAGACAUUUUGUUGUCGUACAGAUGGACGUCUAAUCAAACUAAGCGUCGAAAUGCAAAUGGAGACUCGGCUAAAAAAGAGGAAAUUAAUAAAAGUUCUCCUGUUGCUGCUGGGGGCGAUGCUGGGGAAAAAAAAUUACAUGAUUUUAUUCGUACCCACUUUCAUCGAGCUACUCAUUGUGAUUUUUGUUCUAAAAAGAUAUGGUUAAAAGAUGCAAUUCAAUGCCGAGAUUGCGGAAUGGUGUGUCACAAAAAAUGUCAAGCGCGUUGCCAAAGUACAACACCUUGCGGAGCAGAAAGUCUGACGAACCUAGCCUUCGAAGUCGAUGAACUAACAGAUGGAUCCACUAGUUCCUCGCUGGGAGACGUCAAUCCUGAAAUAUCACUGACCGGGUGUGAAGAAAACGUUCAGGGGGUGGCUGUCAAGGCCAGUGCUAUUGCUAACUCCUUGCUGGGGCUUAAGAAAGCUGGAAGUACUAGUAACUUGGCGCCACCUACGUCUUCUGGUGGUAGCGGAUCAAGAAGCUUGCCUCCCAGUCCUUGUUCCAGUCGAAAGAGUUCUCUGGUAGGAGGCUUAGGAAUCAGUCCAGACUUGCUAGAAGGCGCAGAACCGAGCGUAGCAAGCCCUCUGGUGGCUGGAGAACUAAACGAGGGUCUAAUGUCUCAUGCCAAAGAAACCGGUAAAUUUUUGUACCGCGACCUGGAGCCAAAUGACCGAAUUGACAAGAUUAAUUUUAUGAUGGGAAAAUUAAAGGCGGCCUUGGACGUCGAGUCAAGUUCACGUUUGGAGCUGUCGCAAUCGGGUGACUCAGACAGCGCGAAAUUGAUAGCUCAGAGUGAUUUACGCGUUCAAGCACUGUCAGUUCUUUUGCUCCACUAUUGUGCGGGCUUACAACAUGCGCAAGAGUUCAAACAAACGGCCUAAUCGUUGCUUUAGCGUCAAUUUAAACAAAAUUAUAAUGUCAAUUGCAAUUAAUAAGAAACCAAAACAUAAUUACUUAUACUGCACCGAAGAACACCAAUAUAAGCUUUAUUUAUUAAAUAUUGUCUUGUGUUUUGCACAGUGUAUAUUAUAUCGAUGUUGUCAAAUAUAUAUAUAAUUAUUAAAAUAAAA